AUGCUAUUUAGGAAGGACGUACCAUGGCGGCGGUUGGAGGGAAUGUCUUUUGGCAUGUACUCUACCGAAGAGAUAAGGAAGUUGAGUGUAAAAACAAUCACCAACCCAAGGUUGCUUGAUGGUGUUGGGAACGUGGCCCCAAAUAGCCUGUAUGACUUGGCCCUGGGGCCAGCAGACAACAAAGAAGCAUGUUCAACUUGCUGCCAGGAUUUCAACAACUGUCCAGGACACCUGGGACACAUUGAGCUCCCACUACCUGUAUACAACCCACUAUUUUUUGAUAAACUCUAUCUGUUGAUUCGUGGGUCAUGUCUGGUGUGCCAAAUGUUGACAUGUCCACGGGCAGCCAUCCACCUGCUUUUGAACCAGCUAAAGUUGUUGGAUCAUGGAGCCAUGCAGCAAGUUUACCAGAUAGAAGAGGUUCUUGGGCAGUUUUUGGAGGAGAAUGGCAAAGCCACUGGUGACGAUAUUGCAGCGGUGCUCAAAGAGUUCACAGAUUCAAUCGUUGGUACUGAAGGCACAGGAAACGGCAAAUCGGUAAAACAUCUUGUUGAAAAGAAAAGCUGUUUGAUAAAUGAAUUCUGGAGAAUACACAUGCAAGCUCGGAAAUGUCCGCACUGUGGGUGCAAACGGUCCACCAUACGACAUGAGCACAAUAGUAAGCUGAUUGUCACCAUGCCACCUCAAGCACUAACCAGUGAAAAAAUUGAGGUUGAAAACCUGGUGGUUGGAGAAAAGGCUUACCUGACUGCAAGUACUGCUAGAGAACAUACCAACAAACUGUGGGAAAAAGAAGGUUUCUUCCUCAAGCAUCUGUUCUCUGGGCUGGUAGACAUCCAAAGAUCCAAUAAAAAGCAUGAAAGUUUUUCUCCAGAUCUCUUCUUUCUGGAGCUGCUGGUGGUUCCCCCAUGCAGGUAUCGUCCAAUCAAUCGCCUGGGUGACCAGAUGUUUACAAAUGGUCAGACGGUCAAUUUACAAGCUGUCAUGAAGGACAGUACAAUUGUAAGAAAACUGCUUUCUCUUAUAGCAGCUGAGAAUGGCACAAAAGAAGAUGAGGUAAUAUUGUCUGUGUGCGCAAAAGAAGAGGAAGACCAGUCACUUCUCUCGGGGAUUCCUGGACUGACAUUAACAGACAAACUUUACAACAUCUGGAUUCGCCUUCAGACUCAUGUCAACAUAGUUUUUGACAGUGAUAUGGACAAAAUGAUGACCGAGAAGUACCCUGGAAUCAGACAACUCCUGGAGAAAAAGGAUGGAUUGUUCCGAAAACACAUGAUGGGCAAAAGAGUUGAUUAUGCUGCAAGAUCUGUCAUCUGUCCUGAUAUGUACAUCGAAACCAAUGAGAUAGGAAUUCCCAUGGUGUUUGCCACGAAGCUGACGUACCCACAGCCUGUCACGCCGUGGAAUGUAAAGGAGCUUCGUCAGGCAGUCCUGAAUGGGCCAAAUGUUCACCCCGGUGCUACGAUGGUUAUAAGUGAGGAUGGCAGGAGAACCAUCCUGACUGCCAACAAUUUUUCACAAAGAGAAGCAGUUGCCAAGCAGCUGCUAACGCCUUGUCCAGGUCCACACAAGAUGCCAAUGAAAAUUGUGAACCGCCAUAUUAAAAAUGGGGAUGUUUUGUUGUUGAACAGACAGCCAACCUUGCAUCGACCAUCAAUACAGGCUCACUGUGCACGCAUUUUACCUGGAGAAAAGGUCCUGAGGCUCCACUAUGCCAAUUGCAAAGCAUAUAAUGCAGACUUUGAUGGAGAUGAGAUGAAUGCUCAUUUUCCUCAAAGUGAACUUGGGCGAGCGGAGGCCUACACAUUAGUCAGCACCAACCAACAGUACCUUGUACCAAAGGAUGGAAAGCCUUUGGCUGGUCUCAUUCAGGACCACAUGGUUUCAGGAACACGAAUGACCAUUCGAGGCUGUUUCUUUACGAGAGACCAGUACACUGAACUUGUCUACAGGGGAUUGACUGACAAAAUAGGUCGAAUUAAACUGCUCCCACCUGCUAUACUCAAGCCACAGAAACUUUGGACUGGAAAGCAGGUUGUGUCUACCCUGCUCCUUAAUGUUAUUCCACAAAAGGCUGUGCCUUUAAACCUCAUUGGGAAAUCGAAAAUCCCCAGCAAAGCAUGGAUUCAAGUUCCCCCACGAGUGGUCCCAGGAUAUCGCCCUGAAUCUAUGUGUGACUCACAGGUAGUGAUCCGUCAGGGGGAGUUGUUAGUGGGUGUUCUGGACAAAGCUCACUAUGGCGCCUCAGCAUAUGGGCUUGUCCAUUGCUGCUAUGAACUCUAUGGAGGGGAGACCAGCGGCAAACUGCUCAGCUGUCUGGCCAGACUCUUCACUGCUUAUCUCCAGUUAUACAGAGGAUUCACUCUUGGUGUUGAGGACAUCCUGGUGAAACCAAAUGCUAACAAAAAGAGGAAACGUAUUAUUCAAGAAUCCCUGAAGAUUGGUACAAAAGCUCUGCAGGCUGCAUUCAACCUCACCCCCGAUGUGGGUGAGGCGGAGGCUAAGAGCCGUUGGCAGAAUGCUCAUCUCAAUCCGGACCAGCGAGAUUUCAGCAUGGCUGACCACAAAUUCAAAGAAGUGGCCAACCAAGUGAACAAUGACAUUAACAAGGUGUGUAUGCCUGUUGGUCUUCACACCUCUUUUCCUGACAACAACCUCCAACUGAUGGUCCAGUCAGGCGCCAAGGGUUCCACCGUCAACACCAUGCAGAUUUCAUGUCUACUAGGUCAAAUUGAGUUAGAGGGUCGUAGACCUCCACUGAUGCCCUCUGGGAAAUCAUUACCCUGUUAUCAGCCCUAUGACCCAGCACCCAGUGCGGGGGGUUUUGUUUCUGGAAGGUUCCUCACAGGCAUCAAACCACAGGAAUUUUUCUUCCAUUGCAUGGCUGGCAGAGAAGGACUAGUGGAUACUGCUGUAAAAACCUCCAGAUCAGGAUACCUUCAAAGGUGUGUCAUAAAACAUCUGGAAGGUCUGGUGGUACAAUAUGAUCUGACGGUGAGGGACAGUGAUGGAUCUGUAAUCCAGUUCCUGUAUGGUGAAGAUGGGCUUGAUAUUCCCAAGACACAGUUUCUGCAACCAGGGCAGUUUCCUUUCAUAGAGGAAAACUUUGAGGUAAUAAGGAAGUCACAACACUUGGAUGAGGUGUUGGCACGAUUGGACCCUCAAAGUGCCAGUCAACAUUUUUCGGCCAUACAACGCUGGAAAGCAAAGAGAGAGGUGGCUUGUCCUCGUAGAGGUGCAUUCCUGUUAUUUUCACAAAAGAAAAUGGCCAAACUGAGGCAGACUGAAGAAGGAGCAGGAAAGAUGGAAAACAUUAAUGGCAGAAAUGAGGCUGUUGUGGAGCUGAUGACACAGUGGCAGGCUCUUGAUGAUGUUGGACAAUCAAAAUACAAAAGAAAGUCCUCCCGCUGUCCUGAGCCCAGCCUGGGCUUAUUUCGGCCUGAUGUAAGCUUCGGAUCGGUUUCUGAAAGCUUUCACGACAUCACAGAGAAAUAUUUGGAAAAUCGAGACACAAAAUGUCAACAUGGUUUGGAUAAUGAAAGACUUCGACAGCUUUUGCAUUACAAGUGGCAGCGAUCACUUUGUGAUCCAGGGGAAGCCGUGGGUCUGCUGGCAGCUCAGUCCAUUGGUGAGCCUUCCACCCAAAUGACCCUUAACACCUUCCAUUUUGCUGGCAGAGGAGAGAUGAACGUCACAUUGGGAAUACCUCGAUUGAGAGAGAUCCUAAUGGUGGCCAGCUCUAACAUCAAGACCCCAAUGAUGAGUGUUCCAGUGUUGAACAGCAAGAAGGCCUUAAAAAGAGCUCAGAAACUUCGCAGGAAACUUACCAGAGUCUGCUUGGCUGAGGUACUACACAAAGUCGAUGUAGUCGAGGCACUGCGUAUCAAGAGUUAUCCUCAUGCAAAGAUGCGGACAUUUAAAAUCACUUUCACCUUUCUUCCUCCUGAAAUUUAUGCUGAAGAUCAAUUGCUCACACCCCAAAAAAUCCUGCGCUAUAUGGAAACGAGAUUUUUCAAUCUCCUUCUUAAAGCCAUUGAAAAACGUAGCGCAAAGCUCGCAUCCAUUGCUGUGGAUACCAGGAAGGCCACCAUGAGGGACAAAGACUGUGAUGGCGAGGGAGUGGCCAAUGCAACAAGGGUGGAUGAUGGGGAGGAAGAGACAGAGCUAAAAAUAGUGGAUGACCAAGGGAAUGAAGGGGAUGCUGACGCAUCAGAUUCCAAAAGAAAAAACAAGCAAGAGGAGGAAGUUGAUUAUGACAGUGAUGAGGAAGAUGAGACUAAAGAUAGAGAGGAGGAAGAGAAGGAGGUACAUGAAAAUGAGGAUAUGAUUAUGGAGGAGUCCCAAACGGAGUCAACGGGUAUAAAAUUGAUGACUGAAAAGAAAAUGUCAAAAAAAGACAGCGGAGAUAAUUUGCCAGAGGAGAUGAGGGUGAACACUGUUCUGAGUUCUAACCCCGCAAUAGAGGGCUACCGCUAUGACCUGAAGGACCAACUCUGGUGUGAAGUGGACCUAGCUUUGCCAGUAAGUAAAGUGCACUUUGACCUGUCAUCAGUUGUGUCAACACUGGCCCAGAAUGCCGUUAUAAUGGAGACCAUGGGAUUGACUCGAUGCCUUUUGAGUGAGACCACAACUAAGACUGGAGACAAAGAAAUGGUUCUCAACACAGAGGGCAUAAACAUGCACACAAUCUUUGAGCACAGCGACAUCCUGGAUGUCAACAGACUUUAUUCCAAUGAGGUUCAUGCCAUGGCGAACACAUAUGGGAUUGAAGUGGCUCUCAAAGUCAUAGAGAAAGAAAUCAAAGAUGUAUUUGCAGUAUAUGGUAUCGAGGUGGACCCCAGACAUCUUUCACUAGUAGCGGACUACAUGUGUUUUGAGGGGGUGUAUAAACCACUAAAUCGCCAUGCUAUGGUGUCCAACUCGUCCCCUCUGCAGCAGAUGACUUUUGAGACCAGCUACAAAUUUCUCAAACAGGCAACCAUGCUGGGCUCCCAAGAUCCUCUAGUGUCCCCAUCAGCAUGCCUGGUUGUGGGGAAGGUUGUAAAAGGGGGAACAGGGCUUUUUGAGCUCAAACAACCUCUGCAGUAG